AUGGAUAUCAAUAGCUUAUUAAGCAGUCUCUUACAGAAUACACAAGUGAGUCCAAAUCAAGAAGGAAAUCAUAAACCUAAGAAUGAAAAUGACUUCUCUAACGACUUAGAAAACUGGAUGAAGAAUCUUCCAGAUUCAAUUAGAAGUAUCAUUCCAAUCAUUAACUUAGCAAUUCCUGGAACUCACAAUUCAGGUUCUUACGCAAUUACUAAACAUUCAGAGGUUGCACCUGAUGCAGAUGAAUCCUUAGUGCUUAUUCAUAAAUUAUUUCCCGAUAAAGUUUGUGAUUGGGCUAAAACUCAAGAGUAUACUUUCGAGGAACAGUUGAAUAAUGGAAUAAGAUGCUUCGACUUGAGACUAGCUCCAAAAAAUGACGACAUUUAUUACGUUCAUGGUGUCUAUAGCUGUGAAGUGACAAGUCCUUUAAUAGAAAUAUUAAACUUCCUCAUAGACCAUCCACAUGAGUUUGUUAUUCUAAAUUGUCAACAUUUCUACAAUUUCGGACCUGCUCAUCAUGAAGUUUUUAAGAACACAUUACUCAGCUUAUUCGAGACCAUGAUUUAUAGCAGUGGAGUUGAUUUUCCAUCACUAACACUAUCUGAAGCAUCGAAACUUAAGAAGCAAUUGAUUGUCAUUUAUUGUGACGAUGAUAGUAACGAAAAGUUCUUCAAAUCCAGCAGUUUUCCUUGUCCAUGGGCCAACACAACAAGUCUCGAAAGGCUAGUAGAUUAUUCAAAAGAGACAAUAAAGGCAAGAUCCCCAAACACAGCUUUGUGUACUCAAUUGAUUUUAACACCCGACGGAGCAUACAUUAUUGGACAUCUUCCUUUUACCCUUAAAACUGCUUGUGCCAGAGAUGUUCUUAAUAAGUGUGGAUCAUUCUUGGAGAAUCAAGUUCCAGGACCAUUCAAAAGUGGUGAAGAUGGAAAGGUUAACGUAUUUGUUGCUGAUUUUGUAGACCUGGAUGACAACUUUUACACAAGAACUGUAAUUGAUUUGAACAUGAAGCUGAUUUCAUAA